AUGGCCAGACUCCGCGAGGGCGAGGCGAGGAGGCAGCCGCCGCCGCUCCCGCCCGCCCCGCCGCCGCCGCGCCGAGCCUCCCCCAUGAGCAGCAGCGGCGGCGCGGAGCCCCCCGCGCAGCCCGGCAGCAUGAAGGACCUGGACGCCAUCAAGCUCUUCGUGGGGCAGAUCCCGCGCAACCUGGAGGAGAAGGACCUCAAGCCGCUCUUCGAGCAGUUCGGCAAGAUCUACGAGCUCACCGUGCUGAAGGACCGCUACACCGGCAUGCACAAGGGUUGUGCAUUCCUCACAUACUGUGCCAGAGACUCUGCCAUCAAAGCCCAGACAGCAUUACAUGAACAGAAGACUUUGCCAGGGAUGGCACGCCCGAUUCAGGUGAAACCCGCAGACAGCGAGAGCCGUGGAGGUAGGGACAGGAAGCUCUUUGUGGGCAUGUUAAAUAAGCAGCAGUCUGAGGAUGACGUGCUCCGGCUCUUUGAACCGUUUGGGGUCAUUGAUGAAUGUACAGUGCUGCGUGGACCUGAUGGUAACAGCAAAGGCUGUGCUUUUGUAAAGUUCUCAUCUCAUACAGAGGCUCAGGCAGCAAUCCACGCACUCCAUGGCAGCCAGACAAUGCCCGGCGCCUCCUCCAGUCUAGUGGUGAAGUUUGCUGACACAGAUAAGGAGAGGACCCUCCGUCGUAUGCAGCAAAUGGUGGGGCAGCUGGGGAUAUUCACUCCAUCUCUCACCUUGCCGUUCAGCCCAUACAGCGCCUAUGCGCAGGCUCUGAUGCAGCAGCAGACGACCGUCCUCUCCACCUCCCACGGCAGCUACCUGAGUCCUGGCGUCGCCUUUUCCCCGUGCCACAUCCAGCAGAUUGGUGCCGUCAGUCUCAACGGGCUGCCAGCCACUCCUAUUGCACAGACAUCAGGGCUACAUUCACCUCCUCUCCUGGGAACAACAGGUGUGCCUGGACUGGUGGCACCCAUUUCAAAUGGAUUUACUAGUGUGGUACCAUUCCCAAAUGGCCACCCAACCUUGGAAACGGUUUACACCAGUGGCUUUGUACCAUACUCAGCCCAGAGUCCUUCGGUAGCAGAGACUUUGCACCCAGCCUUUACAGGAGUUCAGCAGUAUGCAGCUGUGUAUCCAACCACCUCCAUCACUCCCAUCGCUCAGAGCAUCCCUCAGCCACCUCCCAUUCUGCAGCAGCAGCAACGUGAAGGUGUUGGCAAGGGAACGGCUCCCCGUGCUUAUCGCACUCACAUGGACCAAGUGAAGGAGUUGGCAGGACCAGGUCCUGAAGGCUGCAAUCUCUUCAUCUACCAUCUCCCUCAGGAGUUUGGAGACAAUGAAUUGAUGCAGAUGUUCCUACCCUUUGGCAAUAUCAUCUCCUCCAAGGUGUUCAUGGAUCGUGCCACCAACCAGAGCAAAUGUUUUGGUUUUGUAAGCUUUGACAACCCAUCCAGUGCACAAACUGCUAUCCAGGCCAUGAAUGGCUUCCAGAUUGGCAUGAAACGUUUGAAGGUCCAGCUGAAACGACCCAAGGAUGCUAAUCAUCCCUACUGAAAGGAGUGAACAAUCAGGAGUCACUUCUGCAGCACAGUGACUCACAGGACCAAAUUUUUCCAUUCAGAGACUGACUCCUUGCAAGAGGGGUUGGAAGCUAAGGGUUUACCUCUGCAGCAGUGUCUUCUCAGGAAGCACUGCAAAUAGACCUGAACAUUUUGAGAGAAUGCCUGGAUGGACAGAGAGCAAGAGAGAGAGCACAUCUCUCUACUCAACAUUAACAAGAAGCAAGGAGAAAGAGAACCACAUACCUCCAGGAUUAGGGCACAGCCAGCUGCUCAGCUCAAGUCACUCACCCACCAACCUUAGCACCAGCCUGGUUAAGGAUCUCAAGAGCUUCUGUCUUACCCUUCCAAGGGCUUCUGCAGACCAAGCUCCUGGAAUUUGGUGCCAAAGCCUAUCGUGAGCACUCCUCAAUUAGGCUGAAAGCACAGGAAAUCAACCCUUUUACCUACAAGAACUGUAUUGCCUCCCCACACAUUGUACUGGCCCAACUUCAUAGCUCUUUGUGGUAACAGGGCAUUUUUUUGAUCAAGAGAGAAGAUGAAAGUGUGAGCAAGUGCCAUCUCCAAAAUAGUGACAAAAACCUCCCAGGGGCCACGCGCUGCCUCCACGUAUUGGAAGUGGCCUAAAGCUGGCUAGCAGGCAUUUCUGAUUCACAGACCACACAGGACAUAUUCUCCAUCUGAAUUUAGCAAGCAGACUCACCUCUUGCACCCUCUGCAAAGCUUUCACAGACACAAGGAUAGUAUGCUGAAAGGUGGUUGUCAUUCUUUUUUUCCCCACCACUCCCUCCAAGGGACAGAUUAUGCAGAAUAUAUAUACACACACAUAUAUAUACAUACACUUAAGCACAGAACAUAGUUCAGAGCUUAACAAAGUUCCGUGAGCAUGUGUGUGUGGGGGGCAUACUGACAAGGCAAAACCCUUUAAUGACUUCAAACAGUCUAAAAUAAGGAGGAAAGGAGGAAGAAAAAAAAAAACAAAAAAAAAAACCACCCUCCUGAAUAAUUAGCUUCAUUAUUCCAGAAUUUGAUAAGGUAUCAAGAACAUUCCUGUGUGUAUGUAUGUGCAUGUCUGUGUUCAAAUGUGAACAGAGGGUUGGUGGAGAAAGGUUGAUGCGAUUGAUCCUGAAGAGAGAUCCAGGGACUUGAGAGGACCUCGGCCACUUCUCAUCCUCCUCCAGUUUCCCUUUGUUCAGAUGUCUGUGGCAUAGUUCUUCGAGUACCUUCACAUCUCCUGAACCACCCCUCUGUAUCUAAUGCUGAGAGUUUACAAGAGAGAUGGAUGAAGCUGUGGGAGUCUGUGUGUUUCUAUAGUCCAUGUUUACUUAUUGUAAAUACCAUUUUUAUACUUAACAUCUAUUAUGUAUGUGAUUUGUAUAAUGUACUUUAUUUCUGCUACAAUUAAUUUCAUGAAGUUUAAACUUAACCUAAUUUUCAACAAAAAAGAAAAUGACCAACAAAUGCAAAAUGGGAAGAAAAAAAAAAAAGGGGGGGGAUUUUGGAAAUGCUAGGUCACGCUCGUUUAAAACAAGCAUUUACAAUUUCUUCCAUCACAGUUACUGAUGUGACUGUACACUGUUACAGGUGUGAUACAAGCUUCAUCAAUGUCAAAUUCCUUGCUCUGGUCUAAAAAAAUCUUAAAUUUAUUUAAUAAAAGUUUUACUUCCUAAGUAACUUGGGUUUUACUUCAUGUGUUAGCUGCAUCUGCUCUUAUCUAGUACUUAUACUUGAAGACAAUCACCGAAGGCUUGAGGCAACAGAAACCUGUUUCAUUCAGCAAAUUAUCUGCAAUCAGUGGGUUGUUUUUUUUUUGUUUUUUCCCCUUUUUUUUAAGCCCUCAUCCCCCUUUUUUUUUUUUAAUAAACUGCAUCAACACAUGGUAAUUAAAGAGCAGAAGGAUUGAAAGUUCAGUCUUACAGCUGCUGGUGCUUUAUGUGUCUGUUCAAGCAUCAGUCGUUACAGCCCAAGCCCACGGUCAUGCUGAUGUGGUACAACAGCCAGGCAAGUACCAGUCACAAGACCCACCACCAGUUACUGCUUCCAGGACUAAAAGCCCAGGCCCACCACCAGUUCCUGCUUCUUGGAUGAAAAACCCAAGCUCAAACACUUGCUCGUUCAGCACAAGUACGUUCUGCAGCCGCAACCUGCUGGUUUACAAGCACGUUCUCACAGAACGUGCUGCUCCAGGAGGUGUAAGAGCGUUCUGUGUGUAGCGUGACUCCGCAGCCACACCAAGUAACGCCAUUUGGCACCUCAAAUUGUUCAAGCUGGAAGGACACCCGUCACACCCAAACCAACGCCAUUUUCUCCUCCAAUUAGCCAUGCGGCGGCAUUAAUAAGCCCAGCAUGCAAAUUUCUGCUGAUUAGCUGCAAGCCCUGAACAUACGGUGCUUGUUCUGGAAGUUUCUCCCAGACGCGUACAACGCGCGCUGCUCUCGCUGCACCCCCUCGCCUCCAGGCCGCUGCCGCCGCCCUCC